CUUCAGAAGAACAAUUGAUUCCUAACUUUAUCUUCACUCUCGCCAUCACCAACCAAAGUACAAAUCCUCUCGCCUCCUCCUUCCCCACCACCUUCCACGGCGAAGGACCUGUAAUUCGGAGCGAUCACACCACGGGGUCUGACUAAUCUCGCCGUCGUAUCCGACACACACAGUCUCACCGCUCUCUCUCACCUGAAGAAGCACAGAGAGAAAUCUGCAAAACCCCCCCACAUCUCCCACCAAACUUUCACUGCGUAGCCUGGUUCGCUGAGGUAGUAGAUUCAGCUUAUCCUCUCGUAACUCCUCUCUCAUCUCCUCCCCACGAGAAAAGAAAGAAGAGAGAUCCUUGAUUUCCUGUUUUCCAACAGACCCAUCUUCGAAAUCCCCUUUCUUUGAUCCUCUCACCCCAGAAAACGGAAGAAAGGAAGGAUUUUUCUCGUGCCCGUCGUGUUGCAUCACGGUGUCUCCGCGCGCCGCGCGCGUCUCUCUGCGUGGGUUUUUGAGGGAGAGGGAGGGAGAGGCGGAUUGGAGUGGAAUUGUGCUGGCGACGGCAAAUGAAGAGGCUAAAGAGCUAUUACAUGCACCUGAGACAUCCUCAAACGAUGGAGCGGAGGUGGAUCUUCCCUCUGGCCAUCGGCUCGAUCGUCUCCCUCUUCUUGCUCUUCCUCACCACGCUGACCUCGCCGGAGGGCGUGCCGUUGUUUCCCUUCUACCGGUUCUCCCCCGCAUCGAGCUCUCCUUUCGUUGAAUCCAAGCUCCACCCACUUCCCGUCUCUGCCGUCCCGCCGCCGCCUCGCUUCGCUUACUUGAUCUCCGGCUCGACCGGCGACGGGUCGAUGCUCAAAAGGACGUUGAUGGCCCUGUACCAUCCACGGAACCAGUACGUUGUCCACUUGGACCUCGAGUCCAAGCCCGAGGAGAGGUUGGAUCUGCAGCGUUUCGUGGAGACGCAUCCCGUGUUUGUGAAAUUUAAGAACGUGAGGAUGAUCACCAAGGCCAAUCUCGUCACUUACAGAGGGCCAACAAUGGUGGCUAACACACUCCAUGCUGCUGCUAUCUUGUUGAGGGAAGGUGGGGAUUGGGAUUGGUUCAUCAAUCUCAGUGCUUCGGAUUACCCACUUGUCACUCAAGAUGAUCUGCUGCAUACGUUUUCGUACCUCCCGAGAGAUCUUAACUUCAUUGAUCACACUAGCAACAUUGGAUGGAAAGAGUUCCAAAGGGCGAAGCCGAUUAUCGUAGAUCCGGGUUUGUACAUGACAAAGAAAGCUGAUGUUUUCUGGGUUACUCAGAGGAGAAGUGUGCCGACGGCCUUUAAGCUCUUUACAGGGUCUGCUUGGAUGGCUCUGACACGACCCUUCAUUGAUUACUGCAUAUGGGGAUGGGACAACCUACCUCGUACCGUUCUCAUGUACUAUGCCAACUUCAUAUCGUCUCCAGAAGGUUAUUUUCACACUGUGAUCUGCAAUGCGCAAGAGUUCCGUAACACCACUGUGAACAGCGACAUCCACUUCAUAUCGUGGGACAAUCCUCCAAAGCAGCAUCCCCAUUAUCUCAACCUUGCCGAUAUGCAGAAGAUGAUCAAUAGCAACGCUCCUUUUGCAAGGAAGUUCCCACGAAAUGAUCCGGUGCUCGACAAGAUCGAUUCCGAUCUGUUGUCUCGCGGGCCCGACAUGCUCGUUCCCGGUGGUUGGUGCAUUGGGAGCGGAAAGAAUGGGAGUGAUCCAUGCUCCGUGGUUGGUGAGCCCACGGUCCUCCGGCCAAGUCCAGGAGCAAAGCGGAUUGAGAAGCUGAUCAGCACUCUGUUAUCAAGUGAGAAUUUUCGACCCAGACAGUGCAAGUAGCAAGAAAAGACAACUUAUGCAGUGAUCAUUCAAAUUAAGCUGAAGACAACACAAAAGGGAACAAAAUUCGAAAGGUCAUGAUCAGGCGAUUAUAUUUCAUUGGCGGGUGGAAGCUUUGGAUUACAGUGUAUAUGCGGUGGGUAUUACGGAGGUAAAAUCCAGUUUGUCGGUUCGGAUGCUUGGGAUCUACUUCGCAAUGCUUCUGCUGGAAACUCAAACAGACUAACUGUCUUUCGACCAUUUAGCCCGUUUUUACCCUUUUGCUUCUCGUUUUGAAAUUGUAUUUACUGCGAUCUGUUUCCCCAUUCCGAAUCAAAGCUUAUUUGUGGGCUGAUGGUGUAUGAAACAUUCGUGGACGAAUAUCAAAGAAUCGAAAUUGAUAUCAUUUA